UUUUCUCUAACUGAUAUCACUCUCUUUUCCUGUCUGCUGACUAUAUCUAAACUAAUAGUAAGUACUAGUAUCACCCCUGUUCCUGUUGGUGGUUCAUUUCCGGUGUUUCCUCUUUCCUCCUUGUCGAACCUCAAUGCAACACCUUCUGUUGCUUUUCUUGGCUUGUUUCCCCUCCGGAUCUGCUGGCUUCCUGCCUACUAACCUCUGACUUUGCUCAGGACACUGCCGGAUUUGGUGUCUUUCUGCAUUCGUUCGCCUCCGCUGGUCUCGCAUCCGACCGUCCAUUCGUUUUCGAUCUCCUCAUUCCCAAGAGUCCUCCCUUACUCUCUCUCUUUAUUCCUUCUCGAUCCCAAUCGACACAAUUUUCUGGACUUUCUGAUUCAGCCAAAGCAAGUUAGAUGAGAUGACGACCAUUUGCACAACAACCCCGAACUCCCCGCCUGAGCUGUCCGGCUCCAAGUCGUCCAAGUCCUCGUCUUUCCGCUCGUCUUCGCAACUGUCUGGUCCGGAUGGCAUCUUCACCGAUAUCUCGAAUUUUGAGGACAUUGGGCUCGAGGAUGACGCCGAUUUGUCAUAUAUGGACGAUUCCGCCGCUGCCGCUGCUGCCACUCCGUAUGGUCGAAACCGUUCAUCUACGGGCCGCCUUCAGGGCAAAAGUGCUGCGACUAGUACGACUCGUGACCUGACUUCGAUGCCGAAACGGAAUCAGUAUCCGCCCUUGCAGAACCACGCUAAUGGUGCAUUGAGUGCGACUCCGACACCGUCCUCGAAGCUUCGCGCCGGAGGUACCCAGAAGAGACAUUCGACAACGGCACAGAACCAGCGCGCCCGCUCUAUAUCGCCAUUCCGUCCUCAUUCUACCCUCGGAGCUUCCCCUUCAACGCAGAACUUGGCCUUGUCUCCUGGCACCCCGCGCCCGCUGAGCCGGAACAAUUCUUGGCAACCGAAUCGCAAGUCUGUCAAGGAUCUGGAAGCUGAAUAUCACGACUCCGACGAAGAGUUACCUGAGGAUGCCAGCCUCUGGAAUGUGCCCAUCUCACCCCGUCCCAUGCAGGAUCGUAACCCGUCGCGCAGUGUUAGUCCCGAUGGCCGCAAUGCUGCUCCGCGGCCUCUGCCGCUAUCGCAUUCGGUGUCGGAGCUGUCAGUGGCCAAGUCGCCAGCUACGUCGCCUGGUGCGUCUCGAAAUCGACAAUCAGUCCGGUCGACCUCUGCUGGGCCUGAACGAGGCCAGAUCUCUCCCCGCAAUCCACGUGUUUAUUCCUACAACAGCAUGAUGUCCGACUUGUCCGAAGAAGCCAAGAUCAUCACCGAAGCUCUGGAGUUCCAUGCAGAGGAGAAAACUCACAACCGUGGAGACAACCUGCAGAGUGGGCAAUCAUCGCUACGGUCAAGUACCGACUCCAAAAAUGGGUCCAAGACACCAAUUGAACUGCCUCCGUUACAGAAGUCCAACAUCAUGAUCGACCCCCUUCCCAUCAGCAAGGAAAAGGAACGGGUACUCUCGCGAACUCGUCCGAGUUGGCUCCCUCCGAAGAACCAGAAGGAAGAAAAGAAGCAUAUAAAAGAGUACAAACAGAUGAUGGCUUACUCGCGUGAGGCUGACAAACGACGGGCGGCCAAAGCUGCUUCUGCGCAAUGUGAAAAAGAUAAUACCCGUGAGACGCUCAAAAACAUCUGGGACGAAUACGUGUACCCCAACUGGGACCAGGUCAUAGCUCAGCCGCGUACUCGGGAGCUGUGGUGGCGUGGAAUACCCUCGCGUAACCGCGGUGCAACCUGGCAGCGUGCGAUUGGCAAUGAAUUGUCAUUGACAGAAGAAACGUAUCAUCGCGCAUUACAGCGGGCCAAGGAUGUACGGUCCAGGUCUGAUGGUGAUACUGGGGAGAGCAACAAACGGAUGCGGGAAUGGUUUGAUGCGAUCGACGAGGAUGUCUCGAAGGCGUUCCCGGAUUUGAAACUCUUCCAGGAAAGUGGGCCAUUACGGGAGACAUUGAUUGAUGUCCUGCAGACGUAUUCGAUGUAUCGCAGUGACGUGGGUUAUAUUUAUGGCCUUCACACUAUUGCAGCUCUGCUCGUUCUUCAAUUUCCAUCACCUGCUUCCGCAUUUCUUGCCAUGGCGAAUGCCCUCAACCGACCACUUCCCGUGGCAUUCCUUACUCUGGAUCGUGGUGCCGUUGAACGGACCUAUACACUGGCGUCGGCGACGCUUCGCUACAAGGUCCCCCGCCUGUCGUCGCACCUCUACGAAACCCUCAAACUCAGCCACGAAGAGAUCUGGGAACCGAUCUUCCGCUCUCUUCUCUCAAACGGUCUCGACCUGGAGCGCCUGAGCCGCGUGUGGGAUUGCUGGGUAUUCGAAGGAGACCGGAUUCUGCUUCGCGCAGCCGUCGCAGUCCUUGGCAGUCUCCAAUCCCAGCUGUUCGGAUUCACCAUGCCCAAUGACGAGAGCCGCAUCGCUGUCCGCAAUAUCCUCGGUUGGGGUCCGCGUCAUAUGGGUACUAAGCCGAAGGACCGACACAGUGCGCCUGCAGCACCCGCUGCUGGUUUCGGUGGUGGAAAACUCGCUCAUGCAUCGGAAGGGGAUUACUGGGUUCUUUCGUCGGUCGGUGAUGAUGAUGGGUUCAUGAAUGAAGUUCGGGAAGCGGGUAAAAUACGGAACUGACAUUGAUACUUAUAUACCAAUACGGG